AUGCUUCUGGGGUCUCAGCACACCGAAUUCAAGAGAGCCCAGCUUUAUUCUCGAACGGCGGCCCUCAUCGAUCGGCAAAUCAUACAGCGCCACAGAGGCGAGGAUUUUCAAAGUGUUUCUGUGGAAGAUGUCGAAGACAUCAUCGCCGAUUUUUUGACCCCGGUGCUGUCACACACAAAGGAGCGUCUCGGAGAGAAAAGAGUCCUUUCGGAGACAUAUAAGACAAGUUUUGUUCUGACAGUGCCCGCGAUGUGGUGUGAAGAAUUCUCUCGGAGGGUCAUGGAAAAUGCUUUGGCCACAGCGGUCCGAAAAUCUGGGUUGACGAAAUUGCCAUUUAGUCAAGUUCCUGACAUAUUCUUCACCUUAGAACCUGAUGCAGCAGCAAACUUUAUAGUUGCAUCCUGGCCAGAAAACUUUCGAGUAAGUGCCAAAUUCCAGUAGUUGAUGUUGCACAAUUGACAAAAGUAGUCCUCUGAAACAAUUGUGAUUCUCGACUGCGGUGGUGGAACUGUGGAUGUUGGAGCCUACGAUCUUUCAGUGGAACGACUUUUGAGAACAAAGCAGGCUGUCUGUGAUCCAAUUGGCAAAUCUUUCCCUCCAAUAGCCCCCACGAAACAAAUUAACGUUGGAGUAGGGGACAACUGUGGCUCGAACUUUUUGAAUGUCAAUUUUGAGAGUUUGAUAAGGCAAAAGUUGGCGUCAGAAGACUACCUUCAUGAUAUAGAAAGUUCUGUGGGAAAACUAGUCUAUGAUUUUGAGAUUCGCCACAAAAGAAGUCAGGAGUUCAGGGACAAGAGAAAAAAGUUUUACGUCCAAGGAUUGAGGCCUUGCAGCGAAAGAAGCUUUUUGCAGAACUACGUCGUUCUCUCAAAGUAUGGUUAGACACCCUCACGAUGUAUUGAUACUAAGAUCUUUCUCUAGCGAAGAGAUGAGGAAGGAAAUCUUUGAGCCUAUUGUGAGAAGGGUUGAAGCCCUCUUGCAAACAAUCCUUCAGAGAUGUCUUCACGCGAAUAAGCGGAUAAAGGUGAGUUAUCCACCAUGGAACACAAUACUCUGAUACUGAUGAAUCGUCGAUUAGCAAGUAUUUUUGGUUGGUGGGUUUGGGGCAUCGCCAUAUCUACGCGUACGGCUGAGUGAAUUUCUCAGAGAGUUUGCCAAUGACUCAAACCUAGUGUACCAGGUUAGCUUGGUUCAUACUUCCCCCGAUGACAGGUGAGUCUGAUGACUGAUAAUCAUGAAUAUCAGAAUACAGCUCUAAUGUAAAGUAGCGCGUCAGCAAUUUCUUCGGGUGCACUGAUUCGCGAUUAUCGUAUGGAGAGGAAAAAAGUGCUUGGGCCAAAGAGAAGGGCCGCUAUGAGUCUUGGAAUACUCAGGUUGGAGGAUCCAAACAAAAGGCAUCCUGGGCACCGUGGAUAUAUUCCAAAGUACGAUGAGUCGGGAAGUGGAACCAAGCAUGUGCAAACAAUUGACUGGUUUGUCUGUGAGGUAAGCUCAUUGAUGCCAAUACUGGUACCUAGUAGCCGACAGCUGACUUAAUAGGGAACAACCCUUGAAGAAGAUUGCGAAUUGACCCGGUUCCAGUGCGGGCAUGAAUUUGAGGCCAUAAACAAGGAACUACGGUGUGAAGAAGUCAUCUUCUGGAAGAAAGGGUCAGCAAAAUCCCACUUCCAUAUCGACGCCCAACACAAUAGGGGUAAGUGAUUGUGUGUUUAUUUCCUAAAUACAAGAAAUUCUAUAAAGUAAAUUUUGAAAUACUAACACAAUGAUACCCAGGCGCGAAACGCAUCCUUGAGAUUUGCACAUCUCUUGGAAGCACUCCAAAAGGCAUGGUUCAGAGAACAGACUACCAAACUUUCACGAACGAUCUUGUAGUGUCCAUGAAGGGAAGAAAACUCCGCUUCGAAAGCUGGUUCGAAGGAGCUCUACUCAAGUCGCAGGAUAUCAGCAUCGCAUCUGUGUUUGAGCCCGGAACUUUGUGA